AUGGCCGACAAUGGCAAUAACGCAUUCAGUCUUUCUGCAGUGACUCCCACCAUCCCACCGUUCACCUUUAAGGAGCUCCACGAGCGGCUGAAUGGCGUGCUAGGAAGAGAUGCCACAGGUGUAGUCUACUCCCUCGAAGGUUAUCCGAGUCUCGCCGUGAAGGAGAUCUUGCUUGAAGGCUUGGAUAGGAGCAGCGUGGAUACUAUCAAGCUUGAGCUGGCCGCUCUUUUUACCCUCUUUCACCCGGGAGUCAUCAAGUACCAUCAAGUUGUCGAAGACGAAAGCUUCUUCUACGUCGUCACGGACCGGCACGACAAGACCCUUGAGCGCCUCCUCACUGAGCACAAGCGAAGGAAGAUCCCCGUGUCUGCCGGCGUGAUUCUCUCUGUCAUGAAACAGCUCACCGCCGCCCUCGCCUACCUCCACAGCGUCAAUGGAGCAAACACUAGAGGCCUCGUCCACCGCGACCUCAGGCCUGCCAAUAUAUUUAUCAACGCAGACGGAGAGCGCUUCGUCAUCGCCGACUUCGGCCUCUGCAGGGACGCCCUGUGGAGUGGGAGCACUCUCAUAGGAAUAAUGGCAUACGUUGCCCCCGAGGUGCUCCUCCACAACGAGGCCAGCCCUGCCUCCGACGUAUGGAGCCUCGGGGUCAUCAUUUAUGAAUUAGUAACUCUGAGGAGACCGGACUUCUUGGGGGGCAAGGAGCCGGCAGAGGUCUUCAUCGAUGGGUGGAGGCCGGACCUGAGCGGUGUCACUGAUGGCUUCAUAAAGAGUGUUCUGGAGCGGAUAUUCGUAUUGGAGCCAGAGAGGAGGCCGACGGCCAGGGAGCUGCACGAGACGCUCGCUACAUUCGACAUCCCAGUUGGUGAGUUGGGAGGUCAGUGCGUGAUGCUGAAGUAUAAGUGCGGAUCCUUGGAGGCUGCGCUGAAUGGCGCUAACGCCAGGAUCGCGCUGCUGGAAGAGGAUGUUAAGAUUAAAUCUACUAAGAUCGACGCACUUGAAGACCAAAGUAAGGAACAUCUAGCUAUGAUUAAGGCACUGGAGAAUAGGCUUGCACAGUUCAGUGACAGGAUGAACACGACUGACCCUCAGUCCAGCCUCUUUUUGCUGCCAAGGCUGAUGCGUGCCGCGCAUACGAAUAGCACGGAGACCGUCUGGAUGCUGCUUGAAGAAAGACUCGGCGUUGGUCAGCGUGACGCACAGGGGAUGACGGCCCUCAUGCACGCGGCCCAGCAGGGGCACGUUGAUCCCGUCGAGUUGCUUGUUGGGGAGGAAAACGGCCUCCAGGACAAGAACGGCUGGACUGCGCUCAUGCACGCCUCAUACAACAACCAUCCUGAGGUAACCAGGAUUCUCAUUCUUCACGAGUGUAGAGAGACAAACAAGAAUAAUCAAACUGCUUUGAUGAUCGCCGCAGAGAAAGGCCAUGCAGAAGUUGCAUCCCUUCUGGCCUCACAUGAAAAGGGUCUGGCUGACAAUGAAGGCAAAACUGCCUUAAUGGUUGCCGCACAAAAGGGGAAUCUUGAAAUGGUAAAAAUCCUUCUUGGUCACGAAAAGGGAAUAAAGGAUAAGCAGAAUCACAACGCCUUAUACUACGCUCUUAAGAAUGGACAUCCAGAACUCGUUGAGAUCCUCGUAGAGCACGACGAUCCUACAGAUAAAGAUGAUAUCACGGCACUCAUGAGGGCAGCAGCCAGAGGAGAUACUGAGAUGGUAAAACUGCUUAUACCAAUCCAGAAAGGAAUAAAGGAUAGCAGUGGGAACACAGCGUUCGUGCAUGCUCUCAAUAAUGACCGUACAGACACUGCUAUGAUUCUUCGUGAAUACGAGGCUUCAUCCUGGACCCAACUCAUGUGUGCUUCCUUCAUUGGAGACAUUGAAACAGUCAGGAAUCAGCUCUCUGACAAGGAAAAGAAGAAUGAUGAUGGCGAUACAGCUCUGACGCUUGCUGCACAAGCGGGCUACGAGGACGUCGUAGAGAUUCUCAGCCCAACAGAUGGCAGAGGUACUACGGCUCUUAUGCGGGCGGCAGAUACAAACGAUGUAGAGGUGCUGAAAACACUUAUAUCUCUUCAAAAAGGACGAAAAGCAGAAUAUGUCAAAAUAGAUAAAUGGGAAAUAUACGAAGGAACAGCACUUAUGAGAGCGGCAAUAUAUGGAUACACAGAAGCGGUGAGACAGCUAGUAGCUCACGAAAGUGGAAUGAAAGACAGUGACGGUCAGACUGCUCUCAUCCUUGCUGCAUAUAACGGUCAUCUAGAAUGUAUUAGAUUACUCUUGAGUGAGGAGGGGGGCAUGCAGGACAAUAAGGGUAGAACUGCUCUCAUGGGUGCAGUACGUAAUAAUCAUCCAGAAUGUGUCAAGCUACUUCUGGGCAGGGAGGCGGGGAUGCAUGAUAAGUACGGCUGGACUGCUCUUAUAUGGGCAAUAGAUAAUAACAACAUAGAGUGUGUAAGACUUCUUGCAGAGAAGGAAGGAGAUGUUAGAAGAACCCAGUACAAUACAGAACCCCAUUUAACUUGUGCAUGUACAGAGACACCCCUCGACAUGGCCAGGAAGAAAGGCUAUGAGGAGAUAGUGGCCAUCCUUACAAAGUAG